AUGGUGUCUCAAGUGCCUCGACUGAGAAAUAGCAUUACCGGGAAUGAGACGACAUAUUAUGUGAAGAUGCUUGCCAAUACCAGCGUGCCAACUGUGAAAUUCAAUAUCCUCCGUCGGUUACUACCAUUUGACCUGCACAGAGAAGGACCCGACUUUUUCUUCGGUGGCCAACCCGUUCAUCAACCACACUACACUAUCUUGUCUCACCGUACCCAGAAAGGCCGGAUCAAAAAGGAUGGCCCCUUCGUCGGCUACUUGGACUAUCUGAAUGUUACUGGUAUCCGCGGUAGACUCGCAAAGAAGUUAUCCCGAGUUACCCCACAGGAAUGGACAGAAGACCCAUAUUUUGUUUGUGUCUUAUUAUCUAUCGCCCAGUUUAAGAAACGCCUUUUAAAAGAUUCAUCAACACCAUCAUUUUCGGCACGCCUUGUCGUAGUAAAUAGGGACGAUCUUAAAUUUGUUCACAUUUACGAGGCUCAAUUCACGUGCAAGUUUCUCGAAAUGCUUGACAAGCGGACGAUUGCCACAAGCUGUACCGACGGUCCAACCAUCUACCGAAAAGAGAUCCCCUUCCAGCCUUUCGAUACCUUUCCUGGACGGAUUCAAGCUGAGACACAUGCUUCAACUUCUUUUUCCGUGAAUUCAGCAGUCUCAAACAGAGCUAAGCAAUCUGUUAAGCGAGCGCCACAACACGAAUAUAGCGAGGGACGCAAUGUGAGACGAAAGCCAUAA